AUGGCUCUCAUCACUCCCCAAAGUAGCUUCAAUCCUUCAGAUCAAGAACUCAUUCUAAAUUUUCUUUUCAACAAGAUCAAUCACAUACCUUUGCCUAGUGAAGCCACCACCAACAUUCAUGAAUGCGAAGACUUGUUGUUCGGCGAAAAGAAGCCGUGGCAGAUUUGGAAGGCGUUUGGCGGCCGUGGCGAUGGAAGCGACGGCGGCGCACUUUACUUCUUCUCAAUCAAGAAGAAGAAAACCUCAGUUGUCAUCAAUAAUGAGAAUGGUUCAUGGGAACCUGAGAAGGAAAGUAGAGCUAGAACUAUAAUGUCAAAAGAGGGAAAGCAAAAAAGAAUUGGUAUCAAACAAUCACUUGUUUGGACUGAGAAAAAUAGUGUUAGUUCAUGGAUCAUACACAAAUAUUGCCUUAAUUCAUUUAUGGUGAAUGCUUAUUAUGCAAACAAUUAUGUUCUGUGCAAAUUAUUCAAGAAUCAAGGAGAUCAUACUCUAAAGGAAGAAUCAGAAACCAAGCAAUCUAAGCAACGGAAAAUUAGAGCGACCACCAAAUCUACUGAUAACAAUGGUCGCCUUAAACAUCCUGAAAUUGGAGCUGCGGCCGCGACAUCCACCUAUAACAAUGGUGUCUGGAUAGAUGCUUCGGAGAGAACAAAAAGGUUUAAGAUAGGACAACCCUUCCAAACACAGGUUGAUACUGAUGAUGAUGUUGGGAAGACUAAGGAAAAAUCACAGGGAAACUUUGUUUAG